UUCCUGGUAAGCUGUAGAGAGGCUACAGAUGCUUUUAAGAAGCAUCAGAAGGAUGUGUGACCCUCUUUUAGAGAGAAAGUGGAGAUGGAGACUCUAUUUCCUUCAAGUCAUCUGGUUAUUCCUGGCAGCAGAAACUUCUCCAACAGUGUCCGGAUAUUUCCUGGGAGACAUUAAAGCAGUAUUAAAUGGCUGUGAAGACCAUUGGACCCUUCAGGGUCGGACCUCAAUUCCACAGCUUUCCCAGAUGACUGUAUGUGUUAAUAUUCAAGUGGUUGUCCCUGGACACUGGGUGGCCUUCUCUUACAGCUCAGUCCGGACACCCAAUCCUAAUUUAGGUCUGGAGGGAGAUGACAAAGCGCUUUAUGUGUGGCUACUGCAAGUCCGGCACCAGUUUCCUUUCAAGAUUUCUCCAAUGCAAUGGUACAAGGUGUGUCUAAGGAGGGACGUACAGAGAAAUACCUUCAGCGUUGAGGUUGAUUACAAAAUAGUAGCGGAGAGGACGGUCAUUGCUCAGGCCAUCCCCCCAUCUGGUUCCCUGUGGCUGGGCUGCCAUCAGAGACGGCGAACGCCAGAAGUCGCAAUGGGAAAAGUUGAGCUCUACCUUUUUCGUAUGUGGGCAGACCUGGGUGAACACAGGUCCUGUGAAGAUGGCACUGUAAUCGGCUGGAAUGCAAACCACUGGGAAGUGACCAGUCCCAAAGCGAAAGAAACUGACUCUUCUCUUUCAUGUGCACUCAAAGGUGGACUUGGAAAUGUAACCGGAUCUUCUCCAGGAACUCCCCAAGUUAUUUGUGAUAUCAGUCAAUUAUGUUCCAACAACAGCGCUUACUACUGGAUGUCCAUAAGUGUGGAAAAUGAAACAGAAUUUGCCCUUAACUUGGUGUCAAAAGUAUUUUCUUGCAACAGGACCAGCGGUGAGACAUCGACGAGCAAUUCAAACUGUAUUAACUUAUUCAAUGAUUUUCCGGAACUUGAGUUGUUGCAGGUUGAGGAAGUUUCAUGCAGGGAAAACACUACAUCCAAUAAAAGACAAACCGUAUGCAGUGUGGUUCUGUUCCUCAAACAUGCAAUUUCAGCAUGUGAUCUGCAACAGUAUGGAGAAAAGGCCCUGAAAAGUGGAUCCGUACAAGCACUCAUCACAGGGAAUGUUGAGAGAGUUGGCCGGAAUCUCUGUAAGGAUGGGUUGCCCCCUAGUGAUGGUUUUGUGAAAUGCAUGUCCAAUUCUUCCCUGGAUGAAAUCUGUCAGUCAGAGGAAAGAACCAAAGUCAAAUGGUGA